AGGGGGAGAAUGUGUUAAUACACAAGAACACUGCAUCAAACCAAUGCACUGCUCUGAGCGGGAUGCGUCAGCAGUACAUUCACGUUUCUACUGAAGGACGAAAGGAGGAGAAAGACUCAGCCGCCUGCAACCCCGUCACACAGAGAGAAAUAGAGAGAGGGGGGUGAGCGCUGGAGAUGAGGACCGCUGCUCCUGCCACUGUCGCGGUCUUCUCGGGUGCGUGUGCGUGUCUCUCUCUCUCCUUUGCAUGCUCUACCGCUGCCCGCCUCCCACUGCAGAACCGCUGCCAACCCGCAGCCUCGCAGCCAGAACAGGCGAACUGCCACAACUUACUACCUCAAGACAAGGAAAAAUAAAGGAAUACCGCAGAAUCUGCAACAGGGGGAGGGAGGGCAAACUACGGAAUCCUCCGCAUGGUACCCCUCCGAAAUUAGGCACGCGUCACACGGCGGCAUCAAUCCUCUUUUUCUGACACUGAGAAGAGAGAGUGAGGAAGCAGGAGAGAGAGGGAGAAAGAGAGAGAGAGAGCGAGGAGCGGGCUUACGACAGAUAGAGAGAGAGCGCAUCACCACCGGUGUGCCGCUGUUGUUGCCGAUCUCCCCCGUCCUACACCCCCCUCCCCCCGCAACACCACCCCCGAGCCCCCCUCCGGAGAAAUUGAUGGAUUAUUGCUAACUGUGCACGCGGCAGUCCGCAGCUGCUACGGCGACAGACAGGAGAGCGGAGCGAGUUAAAAAAGCAAGAAGAAAAGACCGCAGUGUAUGUCUGGUAGCCUUUUUUCAUUAGCUGAACAAGUGUUUUGAGAGGUGGACAAUGGCAAACUGAAAAAGAAAAAAAAAGGUUAGUAUUUAGCAAAAUCUUUGAAGACUGGGAUAUAGCCCACUUUAUCUUCCUUGUUUUGCUUUGCCUUGGGUUUAAUUGUGCAUGUACUUUGGACAUGGAGUCUCGUGAAGACUGUUCAGUGGUAUUUGGCGUCGCCUUCCAAGGGCAAUCAAUGGGGAAACUGAGAGGAGAUCUUUUUGAAGCUUUUUGGAUCCAUGCACCUGCUUAGCUGACUGGGCCUAACCCCUUGAACCAGUUUAAUUGAAUGCUGCUUCUCUCUGGAAUUAACAGGAGCCAUUUUGUCAAAUCAGUUUGUGAUCUACUUUACUUUUCCAGCUGAAAAUGUUGCAGCUAUCUUAGCUGGAAACAUUAUUGGAUGGUGCCAGAGAUUUUCUUUAUUAUAAAGGAUCACACAGAGCUAAUGAGCACCAUCCUGCACUGUCGAUGGCAAACAGAUGCAGUGUCUUGCUCAAACCAGGGUAGGGCAACUGUUCUCCGUUCCCCAGCCGAAUCCCCACGCGAUGUUGAAUUAUGAACGCGCCACAUCAUGAGUCUCUUGUGGCAGGUAACUGUGCACCGUGCCUGGAACGCAGCCCUGCUCUGUGCAGUCUACCUCAUGGUGCGAUCGUGGAGUGUGCGUGCCGCCCCCUCCGGACCACUGACCUGCCCUGCUGUCUGCUCCUGUGGUAACCAGUUCGUCAAAGUGGUGUGCACCAGACGCGGCCUGGUUCGAGUGCCCCCGGGCAUCCCUGCCACCACUCGCCACUUAAACCUGAUGGAAAACAGCAUCGAGACAAUUGAAGCUGGCACGUUUCAGCAUCUCCGCCACCUGGAGGUGCUGCAGCUGGGCAGGAACUCUAUUCGACAGAUUGAGGUGGGGGCCUUUAGUGGCCUCAACAGUCUCAACACGCUGGAGCUGUUUGACAACCGGUUGACAGUGAUUCCGAGUGGCGCUUUUGAGUACUUAUCGAAACUGCGGGAAUUAUGGCUCAGGAACAACCCCAUUGAGAGCAUACCAUCAUACGCAUUCAAUCGGGUUCCCUCUCUCAUGCGGCUGGAUUUGGGAGAGCUAAAAAAGCUGGAAUAUAUUUCCGAAGGUGCUUUUGAGGGAUUAUACAACUUGAAAUAUCUAAAUCUUGGAAUGUGUAACCUUAGGGAGAUGCCAAUUCUAUCCCCGUUGGUGGGAUUGGAGGAGCUAGAGAUGUCAGAGAAUUACUUCCCAGACAUAAAGCCUGGAUCAUUCAGGGGUUUAAAAUCACUGAAAAAACUUUGGAUUAUGAACUCUAGGAUCACCACGAUAGAGAGAAAUGCAUUUGAUGAUGUCACAGCCCUGGUUGAGCUCAACCUGGCUCAUAAUAACCUUAGCUCUUUGCCCCAUGACCUUUUCGCGCCCUUGAGUUAUCUGGUGGAGCUUCAUUUGCACCACAACCCCUGGCGGUGUGACUGUGACGUUGUAUGGCUAGCCUGGUGGCUGAGGGAGUACAUCCCCACCAACUCCACCUGUUGUGGCCGCUGCCACACCCCUGCUCACCUACGUGGACGCUAUUUAGUGGAAGUGGACCAGAGCACUUUCCAGUGUUCAGCACCUUACAUUCUGGAUGCCCCAAGGGAUCUAAACAUCUCUGCUGAACGCGUGGUCGAGCUAAAAUGUCGUACAGCCCCCAUGUCAUCUGUCAGAUGGCUCCUGCCUAACGGAACAGUUCUAACACAUGGCUCUAAUCACCCACGGAUAUCAGUGCUCAACGACGGGACGUUAAACUUCUCCAAUGUGCUGCCAGCAGAUACAGGUGUUUACACAUGUAUGGUGACAAACAUGGCAGGCAACUCCAACGCUUCGGCCUACCUGAACGUGACCGCGGCCGAGCUCAACACUUCUAACUUGAGUUACUUCACCACAGUGACGGUGGAGGAGGUGGAGCCCACCUCACAGGAAGUGAUCAAGCCAAAAACAGUAACCGCCUCCCCCUCUGUCUUUCAACCCGUUUUUAUCUCCACGCCAACCGUUUUACUUCAAACUCCCCGGCAGGUCUCCGUGCCGACCGUACGCGGAACGGUACGCCCACCUGCCAGUCUCGAUGAGGUCAUGAAGACGACAAAAAUUAUUAUUGGCUGCUUUGUGGCGGUCACACUGCUCGCUGCUGUCAUGCUAAUCGCUUUCUACAAGCUACGUAAAAGGCACCAGCAAAGGAGCACAGUGGCAGCCGCCAGGACUAUAGAGGUCAUUCAGAUGGAUGAGAACGUUCCCACCACCCACGCGGGGACAAGUAUACCGGGCGAAAGUGGGAUGAUUUUACCUAGCCUGAGAGACCACAACAGCACCUACAAACCCAGCUACAGCUCCUACAGACCAGCACACUCUGCCCAUUGGGCAGAAAACCACAUUGGUAAUUCCCUGCACCGCCCCCGCCCUACGACCAUCAGCACCAUCCCUGAACCCUACCUGAUCAAAUCUCACACAAAAGAGAAGGUACAGGAAACGCAGAUCUAACACUCUUACAGCCUUCUCUUCUUCUGUCUUUUAUUCUGUUCAUCCUAAAAACAUGCAAUAGAAUGCACAACAGAAAAGACAGCAAUUACUUUUGUACCCAGUGCAAAAACCAGACUGUUUUUCUUGUACAUGCUUAUACAUAAAUAUAUUAAUAUAAAUAUAUAAAUUAAUCCACUAUGGGAUGAUAAAAGAAACAGAUUAUAUAAAAGUGAAAAUGAAUUUCAACUAUUUUCUAACUUGUAACUCCUAUUUAAGAUGGGAAAAUGUGACGAUGCUGAUUUGACAUUGCUAAUGAAGAAAGAUUUGUUUGAAAAGGGGCAACCUGUGAUUUUUAGACCAUGCUGUAUAGGAUGCAGUGAAGUCCCAUUUAUACUGAGAACUUUCUAAGUAAAUGUCCACCGAUUGACCCUUCCUUAAAGGCUUAUCUUCUAAAAGCACCAAGAAUUUGUAUUGUGCCAAAUGUUAUACUUGCAAUAACUGAGACUGGUCUAGGAGAUAGGAGACAAAACACUGCAAAAACAG